AUGGACGGCCAACAUGUUCGCAACAACAACGUCAUUGCCUACCGGCGGCACAGCGACGGGAGGAAUUCCUACAAUGUGGCGCCUCGUCGUCCCUCUCAAUCGGAUUCACACUCUGGAAACUCUUUGGAUGGUCAAAGUAUGGCGUCUAAAGAUGCCAGGAGCGCUAAAACUCAAAAGGUCUCAAGGCCUUCUUUCCAUGGCGACAAUCGAGGUUUCGACGGCGGUAGCGUGGGAGUGGUCGCUCCCAACCACUCUCUCACACAUUCUGUCCCUGAACAGCGUGGGACGAAGCGUCCUUCGGUCUCAUCAUUGUCGGGAAGAUCAAGGGUGAUAACAACAAGCAAUGCUUGGGAAUUGAGACGGCACAAGCGACUCGCAACACGUCCAAUGCUGAAUGAGCAGACGACAGCUCCAACUACGUCGCGAGGAAUAUCUCGCAUGGCUGUUUCCACCAAUAUGCAGGGAAGAUCACAGACAGAGGCGGCACCAGAAUCUUUUCCGAAAACAGGCGAUACCCUGGAAGAGGCGAUUGAGCUGGAAGAAUCUGAUGAUGAUGAGGAGAUGGAGGUUUGGACAUAUUCUGAUGUCCAAGGCCAUAACCCGUCCACGGAAGAGUCCCAAUCUGGAGUUUCACAGCCCAACAACACCCAUCAGCCGGCUGCCAAAGAGAAAUUGAGCAGCAGGCCUCAUCAAAAUCAGUCAAACGGCAAACAAUCUGAUGAAAGUGAAAGAAUUAGUUUUGAACAACCAAUGACACCUCCCGUUGUUUCUGACGAUAGCAGCGGCAGUCCAGAGUCCUCUGGAUCAGAAGAACCGAUGGCCGAUGAAAACGAAUCUGACGAUGAGGUUGAAGUUUUGGCUGGCCCUCCCGACACGCAAAGGCCUGGCUUUGCUCCCGGCCCUUCACGUAGCCAGAACACGAACAAAGCCAAAGAUGUUGGGAGAACAGGAACCCUCGAAGCGAAUAACAACCAUGAGCAACCACCAUUUGGAAGAGGAGAUCAUCUCCAGGCUCGAAAAUCCAGCCCAUCGUCGGUCGCAAGUCGUAACAAUGAGACGUCUGGCAACUGUAUCACCUUGGAUGGCAGCUCUGAUGAGGAAGACGACAAGGGUAUUGAUAGAAAUGUUGCGCUUGCAGAUUCGAAGAUGCCAGCGAUCUCUGAUGCUGCUGUAUCAAGAGAUGCGAUUUUCAACGGGCGUGUUCAGCAGAUUUCUCGCGUUGCGCGUCGUGCACAAAACAAAGGCGGUGAAAGCAAGGCGGCUUUUCACGCUUCCAACGGUGCUGCAUAUGCUUUGGCACGAGAAAUUCCGAAGCAACCUGAAAUCAUUGAUAUUUUGUGUUCGGAUGACGAGGAGGACUAUGGCGUAGACACGAACAUCCAUGACGACAACGAGGACAGGAAGCUUCCUGCAAGAGAACACGGUCAUCUGGGAGAGUUGCCACCGCAUCAAGGUCUUGGCGGGGAUUAUCUACACGAAGUGGACCUGUCUAUUGGCUCAGCUGUGGGUACCACGACUGCCGGUGUUGCUCCAGUGGCAUCUUUGCCGACUGAGGCUACUAGUUGCUCCGAGGACUAUCAAAGUGUGGAUCGUGCUGUCGAAGAAAACUAUGACACCUUCAAGAACCAGAAUCACCAGAAUCCAAAGCCUUACACUCUGGAGGGGUUCAAAGAGCUGGUGAAGUUGUUUGAGAAAAAACGUGGGGAGACCCUUGAGGAAAUCGAGGACACCAAGACUGUAAGAGCUUCCAACAGAAACAGCCAUCAGCAAUACGGAAGGAUUCUGCCAGGAGCCAUGGACAAAAUAUUCAAACUAAUGGGAAUGACGAAGGAUGGAAAGGGGAUCUUUGUCGACAUUGGCCACGGCUUGGGAAUGCCUUGCUUCCAGGCUGCGUAUACCUUCGGCACCGAAGCAAGGGGCAUUGAACUUGAUGAGGGAAGAAACAAUCUUGCGCUACACAUCAUGGAUGGGUUCAGUGACAUCCACCGCGACACAGACAAGAGUGGAUUUGAACCAGCUAGAAUUGAUUUGAAACAGGGAGACUUUUCGAGCCGUGCUCACCGGAAAUGGCUUAUCGAAGCCGACUAUGCCUUUUGCAACAACUAUGAUGGGGUUUUCAGCCAACGAAGCGGCACGCAUGGCAAACGUAAUCUCGAUGAUCAUUUGGCGCGCGUCUUUGCCAGUAUGAAGGAAGGCGCAAAGCUUGUGACGAUGUACGAGAUUCAAACGUCUCUUCGCUGUCUCCCACUAAAGGAUUCGAAGGAACAGCGAAAAAGACGUGGACUGCGUGAUGCUGAAAGUGACGCCUCUUCAUUCUACGAGGUCACUAAAGUCAAUCUUGGUGGGCUCAAAGACGUGUCCUCUUGGGCGCAAUCGAACCCAGACGACACCUUUUGCUACAUUUAUACCAGGGUGAAUCAAUCUGCCGAUGGCUAUGCUAGAUUCAUGUGCAACAACGAAGAUUGCCCCAAUGCCAUGAACGGAGUUGUGAUGAAAGUCGUCCAGGGGGGCGAUCCCAACAUUUCCAGCUGCAAAUGCAAGAUCAACGACAGGACACGAAGGCUGGGCCGCACCACUGUGAACUACAAAGAUUGA